ACUCAUCUCAGGCACAGCGCAGGGGUUCAGAGCUAACCAGCUAGCAAGUGAGCGGCGCUCGGCGGGGAGAGAGGGAGAGAGAGAGACGCGGACCGGCGAGGCAGGCCGGUCCAGGAGCGGGCGCCGGGGAAGGGGUCCAGGUCCGAGCGUCGGAGCCGCGGCACAGGGAGCGGGGCUACGUCUCUCUCAGCUCGAACCCCACGGGCUGCGGGACAGGCGCAGGCUACCUUUUCCUUCUAGUCAAGUGUCCGAGCAGCUCCGAAACUCAGGCGGCGCGUCGGCCACAGGAAGUUUAUUUUCAGCUCCUUUUCUAAAAGGAGGAAAUAGAAGUUUCUCCAAGCAGGCAGCCUUUCUUUUCGCUUUUUUUUUUUUUCUUUUUUUGCUUUGCUCGAAAUCGGGGGCCCGAAGACCCGGCAGGCGCGACUUGCCGGGCUCCCGUUCUUUUUUAAUUUCCAAUUUUUUAUUGAGCCGGCGAUCCCGGCUGGGCUCCGGCUGCGCGCGGGGGCGGGAGAGCGCGCGCAGGGGAGGGACCGAGGGACGCGCUGACUUUUUAGAGGGAGGGACUGGGUGGACAACCGGUCCCGCGGCGCUUGUAGAGCAGGAAAGAACUGCAGCGCUCGGCUCUCAGGGAGGACCUAUCCCGCGUGUCGUCGCGCCCGCCGCCGUGCGGAACAAGCCGGGGAGCAGAGACUAGAGCCCAGGCGCGGCCCGCAGGGAGCGAGCGCGUAGCAGCCAGUGCGCGGCCGCGGCGAGGGCGGGGAAAGAAAAACACCCUGUUUCCUCUCGGGCCCCCACCGCGGAUCAUGUACCAGGAUUAUCCCGGGAACUUUGACACCUCGUCCCGGGGCAGCAGCGGCUCUCCUGCGCACGCCGAGUCCUACUCCAGCGGCGGCGGCGGCCAGCAGAAAUUCCGGGUAGAUAUGCCUGGUUCAGGCAGUGCCUUCAUCCCCACCAUCAACGCCAUCACGACCAGCCAGGACCUGCAGUGGAUGGUGCAGCCCACGGUGAUCACCUCCAUGUCCAACCCGUACACCCGCUCGCACCCCUACAGCCCCCUGCCGGGCCUGGCCUCUGUCCCUGGGCACAUGGCCCUCCCAAGACCUGGCGUGAUCAAGACGAUCGGCACCACCGUGGGUCGCAGGAGGAGAGAUGAACAGCUGUCCCCUGAAGAGGAGGAGAAGCGUCGAAUCCGGAGGGAAAGGAACAAGCUGGCCGCCGCCAAGUGCCGGAACCGACGUCGGGAGCUGACGGAGAAGCUGCAGGCGGAGACAGAGGAACUGGAGGAGGAAAAGUCAGGCCUGCAGAAAGAGAUUGCUGAGCUGCAGAAGGAGAAGGAGAAGCUGGAGUUCAUGCUGGUGGCCCACGGGCCCGUGUGCAAGAUCAGCCCUGAGGAGCGCCGAUCGCCCCCAGCCCCCGGGCUGCCGGCCAUGCGCAGCGGGGGCAGUGGUGUGGGCGCCGUGGUGGUGAAGCAGGAGCCCCUGGAAGAGGACAGCCCCUCGUCCUCGUCGGCAGGGCUGGACAAGGCCCAGCGCUCAGUCAUCAAGCCCAUCAGCAUCGCGGGAGGCUUCUAUGGGGAGGAGCCCCUGCACACCCCCAUCGUGGUGACCUCCACGCCAGCCAUCACUCCGGGCACCGCGAACCUCGUCUUCACCUACCCCAGCGUCCUGGAGCAGGAGUCACCGGCCUCGCCCUCCGAGUCCUGCUCCAAGGCUCACCGCAGAAGCAGUAGCAGCGGGGACCAGUCAUCAGACUCCUUGAACUCCCCGACUCUGCUGGCUCUGUAGCCCAGCUGCCAGGGGCUCCUCGUCACUGCCUCCUUCCCAGGGACCAGCACCUUCCAGCGCUCCAGGGCUGUGAGGGCACGAGGGGGAUCCUGCCGGAGCGCUCCGGGCUCUGGGGAGACCUAGGUGGGGUUUGGCAGUGAGGCGCUGGAGGACUGCGAUGAUCUCUUGGAAGUCGUGAAACCUCCUCCCUCGUUCACCUUGCAAAGCGAAUCCUGUUUCUUGAAAAGCCUUGGAGAACUUAGUGUAGUGGACUCGUGCAUCUCUGGCUUCAGAAGAGCCUGAAGCUGGUGUGGACCAUUCCUGUCCCUUUGUUACUACGAAAUGUCUCCGGAGUGAUGGUGUCCUUCCCCGCCCCACCAAGCAUGCUCGGUGCCUUUGAUUUCACCUUCCCUCUAUUUGCCCCUUCCAUCCCCCAGUGUCAAUUUCACUUCCUCUUGGUUUUUAUCAAAUUUGCCAUGACAUUUCAUCUGGGUGGUCUGAAUAUUAAAACUCUUCAUUUCUGGAGAUGGGGCCGCAGGUGGCCCCUCCGCUGGGGCUGACUUGUCCAGAAGGGGACAGUCAAUGUGCAAUACAGAACCUUCCCUCUCCUGACACUGCCCGACCCACUACCACCUCCAGAGGCACCGGCAGCGCUCCCUGAGCCCUCGAGGAGAUGCCGCCAUCGCUGGGAAGCGCAGAGGACCCUUCCUCCCCAUCCUCGGAGUCGGCUCUUGGAGGAGCGGCGUGGCCAGAAGACAGGGUGUGAGUGACAGCCGGGGCACAGGUUGUGUUUGCCAAACGCCUAAUUAACAGGCCAGGAAUAGUGCCAACAAGCCACACGGUGUCCUAGCCGGCUUCCCUUCACCUGCUGUCUUGAGCGGGACAUCUCCUGUAAUUACUGCCUUGCCAUUCUGCCCCUGGACCCUUCUCUCCAGACCAGGGAGGUGUCCCUCCCUAAGAACCACACAUCACUCCUUGUCCCUGCCGGCUCCGCCCUCCCCCACCCUGGCUCUCAGAGUGAUGCCACCCACAGAGAUUUAAUGAGCGUGGGCCUGGCCCCUCCCCAGAUUGCUGCCACAUGGCCCCUCCCCAAGCUUCCAAGGCGCCUUUGCUGCAGAUGGGAAGGCAGAGGAGGGCAGGGGGAGGCCCGUGGAGUAGGACUCACCUCACACCAGCCCUGGUGCCUGGCUUGCCCUGUCCUGGCUACUCGCGUCUCUGAAGUGCCCAUUGCCAACUGAUGGAUCAAGUGCUUUCUCUUUAUACUCCCUAACCUCCUCAGCCCAGUGUGCUCUUUGGGUCCGACAGCUGGCCCAGAGCUGUUGCCGUGGCUUGGGGCUUAUGCACCAUUCCUGGGGGCUGCUGAAAUGGGAGCUAAGAUGGUGAUGUUUCUGGCUGCCCCCCUUCCCACAGGUGGAGGGUGGGGAAGGGCUCCUCCUGGCCCCAAAGAGCAGAGCUCAGCAGAGUUCAGCGUGGUCCCCGCCUGCCACCCCUCGGAGCCUUUUCCUCCGCAGGGCACAGCUCUUCCGGUCUUCCAGGGCUGGCCGCUGCUGGGCGAGCGCGGAGGGAGACCUCGCUGUUGUGAUUCAGCUUUGCAGAUUAUUGUAUGGUAAUUUAAAACUAUGUAGCUGUUAUUUAAAUCAAACCCAGUGGGGGCUAAAGGAGAGAGCAGUGACUGCUUAAAGCUCACCUGUUCCUUUCGCACGCCUAGGCCUCUGUGCUGGUCACUGAUUAACGUCCGUUGCCACGCACUAGACACACAAUGCAAUGGCGUAUGCUUAAAACGGCCCACUGUGACUGGAAGUGACGUGUGGAAGGAGAGGUGAUGAAAAGGGAUUUUGUCCAAAAAUUUUUUUUUAAAUGUUAUUUGCUACGUCCCUUGGCAGUGAUGCUGCCCUCCCAGUCCCCCAGAGGUCCUGGGAGAGGCGUGCCUGAUGAGAAUGGGCAAUUAGGUUUCUGGCUUCAGAUUGACCCAAGGAGCUGAGGUCAGCCAGGAGUGGCAGGAGCCGGGCAAAAAAAACUGGGGUGCUCUCUGCUCUGAAGAGCUUAAUCAUCUCAAGUGGUGUUUGCGGCCAAGUGGGAACUCUUUGCAUAUAUAUGUAUCUUAAAUGAAGCUGCUUUCUGGUGUUUCAUUUCUGAAAGUCCCUUUAUGCCCUAGUUUGCACAGCACUGAUCCCAAGGCAGGUCACAAUCUGUGACUUGAGGCCAGGCUGGUCAUUUCCUGAGAUGGAGUUUGGCUUUAGUGCAGACUUCAAGCCGUGUUGGCUUUUGGACCAGCAGAAGGCAGAAUCCCAACCACCUCACAGGACCUGAGAGGCCACCAAGCUGUGUUCCCAUUCAAGGCCCUCUGGCUUUGUUCUAGGAAGUGGUAGGCGGUUGUUUGGGGAAGGCUGGCUAUCACACCUAAGUCGUGAGCAUGUCCUCAGUUACUUCCUCUGGCUUGUUCUCCAAGUUCAUGUGCACACACCCCCCUCACUCUUGAUCACCAGACACCAGGCCCUGCUGUUCCCCCUGUGGCUCCAGCUGAGACAGCAGCUGCCGUGGGGGGCUUCGCACCUGGCUGGGAGCCGCUGUGCUUCCCCUGUGUCCCCAGCCGUGAGGCAGCUGGGGUGGACUCCAGCGGGGCUGCUGGCAGCUCUGGGACAGCAUAGGGCAGGCACUCCUCGACAAGCUAGUGUGAAAUACAGUCUUCGUGGCCACCUGGCGGGCCCGUCUGGGAACAGACCUCUUCCUGGCUGGGCAGAGGGGGACAGCGGCUGACACAGGAAAGAAAGGAGGUCCCAGGUGAAGCUUGGGAAAUAGCUGGGGCCAGCUCCAAGCACAGAAUUCACUCGGGAGGUUUUCAGAAAGAAGUCUUCAUUCUGCCUGUGUAAAAGGCCAGGUGAGUCCACUGUGGUCAGUCACACAGGCUCCUCGAAGCCCAGAGCCACCAGAGGCUGCUGCCUCUCUCAGGCUUUGGGGAGAGGCAUUUCCUCUCUGCUCCCACGUGGCUCCAAGUGUAAGGGUGGGCUCAACUCCAUAUGUAUCGAGACUUCUCUACCGUUGGUUGACGGACCAACAGUGCCCCUUGUAAUCUCGCCAUUUAACUUUUCAGGUUGAUUUCCUUCCUGAUCGGAUAUCUAUGUGGCCCCUUUAAGAAGGAAAAGAGUAAGCACCUACUAUGUGCCAGGCACUGUGUUAGGCACUUUUAUAUAUACCCUCUUUACGGUGAGACUAAGGAAUGAGGGCAUCCCUUAUUAAAGGUCCCCCAAACACGGAUAAACAAAAACUUGGAGGGGAGAAGGUCUUCAAAAAUCUAAGACAAGAUUGUCUUCAGUCUGAGGUUUGUUCCCAAAGACCCACCCCCUACAAUGUCCUUUCGCCUCCAACUUUCUUCUUUUCUCUCUACCCCGUGAUGUACUCCUUUGCACUCCUCAAAUGGCUGGGGGUGGGGGGGUUACUUGAGUCCUUGUAGAAUUUGUGGACCAAUGGGACAUGUGGUGUGGAUAACUUUCUUUUAAAAAUGGAAGUAAAGGGGUCUUGCUAAUUUCUGCUUGUUGAGUCUUUGGCAUUCCUCUUAAAAGCCAGCAUCUCACUAUUUAUUGACCGGUUGGGAUGUGCGUGUGCGUGUGCGUGUGCGUGUGCGUGUGCAUUUCCAGGCGUGCCCGUGUCCUCCUGCAGCUCUCACAAAGGAAACCCAGUCAUCCCACCACUAACUUGACAUCCUCUCCUGGUUCUAGUGUUUUGGCCAAACAUCAACAAAGGGUUUUAAUUUUCCAGUUCAGGAGGGGCCGGGUCGAAUUUUGAGGAGGGUAUGGGAAGGGGAGGGGGAGAAGAAAUUGACAUUUAUUUUAUUAUUUAUUUUAAAUGUUUACAUCUUUGUGUUGUACCAAGCCUGACUAGAAACAGAUAGCAUUAAAGUACUCAGUUCCUCCCUCUCUUUCUUCCUUGAUUUUUUUUUUUUAAGUUUAGGCUAAUAAUGCUUUUCUUUUGUUCCUGAAAUGAUUUGUGAGUUGUGCUAUAUAAACUGUAUAAAAAGGUCCUGUUUUUAAAGAUGGAUUGUCAUUCCACUGGGGACAGAGAUCCCCAAGAAGUCUGCAUUGUAAGAGAACACAACAAAAGGUCCUGCCCUGUCCCUUAAAAAGUAUCUUCUCUGUAUGAUUAAAAAGUUUAUUCCAGUUAUUUUAGUUUGUGGUUACUUGAUGUCAAAGAAGAAAAUAGUCACCUUUGUAUAAAGAGUAAGAUAUCGGGGUGUCUUUUCUGCCGUGGGAGAUGUAUGUGUAGUAUUUCCGUAUAUAGUGGAAAAUGAUGAGCUUUGUUUAUCAGUAUCUGAGAUACGUCAAUGAUGUGGAGUAAAGUCUGCUCUGAGAUCCCAGAGGCAAACAACUUGGAUUCCUACAGCCCUAUGGGGAAUUUAAUUACCUUCCUGAGCAUCUUCUGUCUCCUUUCUUUUCUUUCUUUUUUUUUUUCCCCCAAGUAUUGGUGAAAUGGUCCCAUUGGAAAGGCUUCUAAAAAGGCCUCUCCAGGCAGGACCCUGAGCUCAAAAAUUUUUGUACAGUUUUGAAAAUUGAGAAGUGUCUCCGCUCUGAAGCAUCUCUGGGGUGUUUCUUGUCUGGUUUUACUGUAAUACAAGCCUACAGUGUUUGCACUAACGAAAGCUUGUUGGAAAAAGCUUGCUGCUAUGGAAGAAAGGACGUACUGAGACUUGUUUUUCCUUUGCAUUUUCUUUGUUAGCUUUUCCACUUUUAAUUGAGUAGCAUUUUGUAGAAUAAAAUGGAU